AUGGGGGACAAGGGGCGGAGAGUUAGGGUAAGUUAUAAAUAAAGGGGGCAGUGGGGACGGUGACCACUGGCCGAGGAGACAUCGAGGGAGAAAGUUGGGCUUACCAUGGAUGCUGCGCUGGAAGAUCUGAUGCGGAGGGUCCGGGACGAGGUAGUGGCGAGGGGCGCUGACUGGCUGGUGCCACAGCUGCAGGGUCUUCAGGCCGGGAGCGCUGCAGAGGGAUCCGGGGCCCCCAGGUCCAGUGCCCGCCGAUCCAGGCCCCCUUCUCGUCUGAGCCCGGAGAUAAUUCCACGCACCCGCCGCCGCCAUGCGAGCCCCUUGCGGGACCCUCCCGCUACCCCUGCACCAUCCGAUCCCACUCCUGAGGGCAGGGGGGCGGGUAGGAAUCCACCGGGCGUGCAGCGGGUGGCGGAGACGAGCGGCGCUGUCGCGGCUGCUGGGAGAGGAGGCCGCAACGCGAACCUGGAGGAUACGGCUGUUCCUCGCUCUGAUGUUCCGAGAGCGAGGGGGGCCCGGAGGUCGGGGAGGAGGCGCAGUGUUUCUCCAGUGGCCCGGAGGGGCGCACGAACCACGCGGGUGGCUGUUGGAGGGAGCCAGGAAGAGGCUUCCGGUAUCGCUGAGGCCCCCAGGAACUAUGGGGGCCGGAGGUCUGGGCACCAUGACGACGGGAGAGGCCAAGAUACUACACGGGGGAGGUCGGGGAAUGGUCUGGCCCUGGGCACGUCUGAAGUGAGCUCAGCUGAACUGAGCAGUGAUGGGGAGGGGAGGGGCCGGGACUCCCCUGCCUUGAGUGCUACAAGAGAGAGACUUGCCUCUGUUGUCAGGAGAGUGGAGACAAGAGGAGUCGGGGCAGGAGGAAGACGCAGGCUGUCUGUGGCUGGGAGUGUGGUGGAGCCGCCUGCACCAGCUGGAGGCAGUGUUUCUGCUGAUGGAGCGGAUGUUCGUGGAGCUGCAACAGCGGGGUCUGCCCACCGCGUGCCGUCUGGAUCUACGGGAGCUGCUGCAUCGGGUGAUGGUGGAGAUUCGGGAGCUACAGCCGCUGGUCACCUGGGGCCAGAGAGGCUUGGUGCUGCGCCGUGCCUAAUCUGGAUCCUGGGACACUCAUAUGUGGUGAGGGGUGCGGCGAGGGCCGCGGUGCGCCCGGAUGGGCGGCAAUUGGGUUUUUCCAGGGAAAAGGCACAGGUGAGGUGGUUGGGGCAAGGUGGGUUGUUGUGGGGGGGAGUUCUGCCGUUUUUACAGAAAUAUGUUGAACUGGAUAGGGCCCCUGAUGUGUUAGUCCUUCACGUGGGGGGCAACGACUUGGGGGGCAGGACGGCCAGGUCCUUGAUGAGGGACAUUAAGCUGGACCUGUUGAGAAUCUGGUCGUCAUUUCCGGGGAUUUUUAUCAUAUGGUCGGACAUUGUGGCCAGGCUUAAAUGGAGGCGGGCAAGGUCGGUGGCUAGCCUGAAUAGGGCGCGGGCGAAAGUUAAUAGAGUGGUCGGUCGUUUUGUGGCUAGGAACGGGGGCCUGGCGGUCAGGCACAGGGAACUGGAGGUUGCCUCUUCCGAGUUCUUGGGGCCUGAUGGGGUCCAUUUGAAUCCCAUUGGGACGGAUCUUUGGGCGUGGGAAAUACGAGACAUGUUGGAGAGGGCGGUUCAGUUGUGGGGGAGCGGCCGCUUGUAA